GGAUAUUAAGAAGUUUCACUAUAUUUGUGUUUUUUCGUAUUUCUAAUUAAUGAAGUCUGUUUUCAAUAUUUUGUUUUGAGCAUCUUUUAUAUUUAGAGAUGGGGAGAAAAUAACUCAGACUUUUUUAUUAUUACAAUCCUGUUUGAAUUUCAACUUAGUUGUGGUGUGACUUUGGGAAGUAGCUUGACAGUUUAGAAAUUUAAUUUUCUUUAUAAUAAAAUAGGGCCAUGAGAGGGGGAGGGGUUGUGGGCGGAGCACGCUGAAAAGAUGGCGGCGACCGAGAAGGUAUUGUUUCUCGAGAAGCAGCACCACAGAAAGUACAGGGCUACCCUGAAGAAGGAGAAACGAAAGAAGCGUCGGCAGAAACUCGCUCAAUUGAGAGACUCAGGACUCUCACAGAAAGAGAUGAAGGAGGGGGACGUUUUUAUUGAAGAAUACCAACUUGAAGAAGAGAAGUUGUUGGAGACAGAGAGGCAAAAGUUACAUGAGGAGUGGUUGCUGAGAGAGCGGAAGGCACAAAACGAAUUCCGAAUAAAGACUGAAGAAGAAGCGGCAGCUAGAAAACGGCAGGAAGAACUAGAGAAAAAAUUCAGGGAAGAAUGGAAGCAACAGAGAAAACAGAGAAAAGAGGAGGAGCAGAAACUACAGAAGAGAGAAAGAGAGAAAACUGUGCGAAAGAUGCCGCAUCAGGCUGAAAAUGAGUUGGAAAAUAGAAUCACGGAGAAAGAUCGAGCUUAUUGUCCAUUCUACAGUAAAACAGGAGCGUGCAGAUUUGGAGAUAGGUGUUCACGUAAACAUAGUUUCCCAGCAUCGAGCCCCACUCUUCUUAUAAAAAGCAUGUUCACAACAUUUGGAAUGGAGCAGAGCAGAAUGGAUGACUACGACCCUGAUGCAAGCCUGGAGUACAGUGAAGAGGAAACUUACCAGCAGUUCCUAGAGUUCUAUGACGAUGUGCUUCCUGAAUUCAAGAAUGUGGGGAAGGUGAUUCAGUUCAAGGUCAGCUGCAACUCUGAACCUCAUCUUAGGGGCAACGUGUAUGUUCAGUAUCAAUCGGAAGAAGAAUGCCAAGCAGCCCAUUCUCUGUUUAAUGGACGGUGGUAUGCAGGAAGACAGCUGCAGUGUGAAUUCUGCCCGGUGACCCGCUGGCAAAUGGCAAUUUGUCGUGUAUUUGAAACUCAGCAGUGUCCAAGAGGAAAACACUGCAACUUUCUUCACGUUUUCAGAAAUCCCAACAAUGAAUUUGGGGAAGCUGAUAGAGACAUGCAUCUGUCCCCAGAUCGGACCGGCUCAUCCUUUGCGAAGAACUCAUGCAGGAGAGAGAAGAUGGGCCGCCAUGAUGACUACUAUGGCAGGCCAAGGAGAAGACGAAGUUCUAGUUCAGACCGUUCCUACAAAAGAAACGGGGAAUCUGAGAGGAAAAGUAGUAGUAGUCACAGGGGGAAGAAGUCUCACAAGCGUGUGUCAAAAAGUCGGGAAAGGCACAGCUCCCGAAGCAGAGGGAAAAGGAACCGCUGUCGGAGCCGCAGCCGGAGAAGUCGCAAGCGGAGCCACAGGAGCCGGAGGAGCCGCAGCCGGAGCAGCCGCAGCCGGAGCCUCAGGAGCCGUAGAAGUCCGACCCAGACCCGCAGCCUCAAGAGCCGGAGCCAGAGUUCAUCCAGGUCCAGAAACCGGGGUGGGAGGAGGAAUGGAAACAGAGAACCUGGGAUAGAAAGGGAAAGGAGGAGAGUACUGACAUAA